GGUUUAGUCCGGUUUGGUUGAAUUCGCACAGACUUAUUUUCAAUUGGGUCCCCAAUGCUACGGUUUUGCCACUGGAGAUUUCCGCCGUCCCUCGCCGUCGCUAGAAUGCUCUCAUCGCCACCACCGCUUCACUCACACUCUCCAUUCUCCGGUGGCGUCGGUAAUUCGAGCUCAAUCGGUGGAAACUCCAAACCCGAGUUACUAUUCCCUCAAUCCCAACCCCAGAAUCUCUCUUCCUCCCCUUCUUCCUCUCUGAAAUCCACGGUUGCUUGUUCGAACGCCGGAGCUAUACGGAGAAGCAUGACUACUGUUUCUCAGUCAUUCUCAGAUAGAACAGAGUCUAGCGAUUCGGAUUUAGGCUCGCUCGUUGUGGUUUCAUUCUACAAAUUCGCUGACUUUCCUGACCAUGCUGAUUUCAGGAAGCCCUUGAAGGAUCUCUGCGAAGAAUUGCGUGUUUCAGGUGGAAUCAUUCUUGCACCAGAAGGGAUCAAUGGAAGUAUCUGUGGGAUUCGUGAAUCAGUGGAGAGAGUGUUGGCAUUUAUACAGAGUGAUAUCCGAUUGAAUGGUUUGAGGCAAGUGGAGACACCUGUGAGUCCUGAACAAGAAGCAAUCCACCAUGGACAUAGCAGUAGCUCUCCUCUUGCAGCUGGUGAAGAUGCUCCCUUUAGAUGGGAUCACGUUAGGGUCAAACUCAAGAAAGAGAUUGUUACGCUUGGAAUGCCUAGUGUCUCGCCAAUUGAAAGAGUUGGAACAUAUGUGAGCCCCGAAGAAUGGAACGAACUGAUCAGUGAUCCAGAAACUGUAGUGAUCGAUGUGCGUAAUACCUAUGAGACUAGAAUUGGGAAGUUUAAAGGAGCUGUGGAUCCAUGUACCACAGCUUUCAGAAAUUUCCCAACUUGGGUGGAGAAUCAAUUUGCAUUGAAGCAAGAAGGCAAUGAAACGCAAGCAAAUGUGGAGCAAGAAGAAUGUUCUGAAACCACUGAAAAACCGAAGACGCUGCCACGAAUUGCUAUGUAUUGCACUGGAGGAAUCAGGUGUGAGAAAGCUUCAAGCUUUCUUCUUAGCCAAGGUUUCGAAGAGGUGUAUCAUCUGAAAGGUGGGAUAUUAAAGUACCUUGAAGAAGUCCCUAAAACAGAGAGCUUGUGGGAAGGCGAAUGCUUUGUGUUCGACAAGCGUGUAUCUGUGGAACAUGGUCUAGCUCAAGGAACACAUAAACUCUGCUAUGGAUGCAAACAACCUAUAAGUGAUGAAGACAUGGAAGCCCCAGAGUAUGAGUAUGGAGUUUCUUGUCCUUACUGUUACUCCAAAAAAUCCGAAGAGGAGAAAGAAAGGGCAAGAGCGAGGCAGACACAGUUUGAGGAAUGGGGUGUAAUUGGUGGUCCGGACAAAGGUCGUCGACCCGUCACUAAACCAGAUAGUCCAAGGAAGAAGAGCAAUGCAAAGCUUGGUUCUUCAAUAUAGAAUGAUGAUGUUUUGAUAGUUGUUUUAUUCUUCUUCUUGAAAUCAAAUGCUGCAUUGUUACAUUAAAGAGUUUAAACGCUAAUCAUCAAGGCAAUGAUCGGAAAAAAUAGUAGAAA